GCAGCUGGGUGUGUAUAAAUAGGAGCGGGAGGCUGGGUUGGCCCCUCAGACCUGAACAUUCCCGGGACGCAGGAAACAUGCCCGCAUCGCAAACUGGAUUUGGCAGUUUCGUUUUGGAGAGGAACGUCACCAUGCCCCCUGGAUAUCACAUCCCCGUGCUGGGAUGUCCGUCGACUGUCCAGCAGCAGGCUCAGCAUCUGGCGGCCAUGGCGGCCGGGGUCCCCGUUUACUCAGGACUACAAGGAUUCAACUUCCUCCCCUAUCCCCACAGACACAUCGCACACAUGAGCAAUGGUUUCGACUUGAAGGCCGCCUCUUCCUACCACCACGCGCUCCUGGCGCGCGGAGGUGGUUUCUACCCUCCAUACCGCCCGGGGGCCGCGGACGACCCGGCCAGGGUGGCCAAAGUGGCCACCCGGGAGAGCACGGGCGCGCUGAAGGCCUGGCUCAACGAGCACCUGAAGAACCCCUACCCGACCAAGGGGGAGAAGAUCAUGCUGGCCAUCAUCACCAAGAUGAGCCUCACGCAGGUGUCCACCUGGUUCGCCAACGCGCGCAGGCGCCUGAAGAAGGAGAACAGGGUCAGCUGGACGUCCAGGGGGAAAUCGGACGAGGAGGACGAGGACCAGGAGGGGGAGAGCCACUCGGAUGAGGAGGAAGAGGAGGCAGAUCCUCCUGGAGGAAGCGGAGACGCGGAUGGGGAUGUCAGAGGCGCGCAGGAGUCCGCGGACGCGCGCCUGGGGAUGCCGGCGCAGCCAAAUAACGCAGCUGAGAAGGGAGAAACUGACCACACGCCCUCGGUUUUGGACAAUAAAGACGACAACGCCAGCGUGAAGCCAAAGAUCUGGUCUUUGGCCGAAACGGCCACCUCGGAGACCGUGAGGAAGCCCGUGGUCAGCGUGCCCGUGGACAGCGUUGUCCAGCCCGCCGGGAGGCUGUGGGCAGACUGGGCAUCACGGAACGGACUCUUUCUUCCAGCCUAUUACACAAAUCACGAACUUGUCUGAAACCGAGGACUUUUUUUUUUUUUUCCCUCCACGAUAUUUUUGCACUUUAUACCUUCAAAUCUCAUGGACUCCCUGAAGUUUGCAAUAAGAAUAAUAAAAAAAGAAAAAUCAAAUUCGCUGCGAGACCAAAGACUAAUGAACGAGUUGUAAAUAACGUAGAUGUAUUUUUCCACCAGCGAGAUGUAAAUUAUGUUUCCUUUGUCUUACCAUAGGGAAGUAUUUUGAUAAAAAUAAAUGCUGUCCUCAC